AUGCCAAUGUUGCUCUUGAUGGGGCUUGCACUACUUCACAUCAACCUCCCCCGCACCUCGGGUUCAACCUUCUACGUGAGCCAGGCCAACGAUACCGGUCAGGUUGGGAGCUGGUCGUGGGCAAUAAAUCAGGCGCGCCUGGCACCCGAGCCUGAGAUACGCAUCAGCGUCCCGCAAGUCUACGUAGCUGCCUCCUUCUUAGACAACGCUUUAGACAUCGAAGGACUGCAUAUCGACGGCUCGCUUACCUUGACCGACUGUGCCAAUGUGAUCUUUCCCGAAGAUAACCUGCAGAUGUUCAACGUUUCAGCGGAUAACAUUUACAUUCGCUGUCUCACCUUUUACCACACUGGCGUCCAGCUUGCCCCAGCGUCCAAUGUGCGCUUGCUCGGGGUGCUGGUGGAAGGCAGUCGACAUAAUCUCAAUUAUGUUUCAGUUCUCAGUGUUCUGGGCGUGGGUGUGCAAGUGAGAGGGCAGAACCAUGUGUUUGAGUUCCUCAAUAUUUCUCAGAGCCUUGGCACGGGUCUUGAGGUGAUGGGCACCGGACAUUACUUUGCCGAUCAUCGCAUCCGGAACGGGGUCGGUCACGGCAUUGAGUUGAAUUGCCACAAUACCACCUUUCAAAGCCUCGCCGUCAUCUCCAACGACGGGGACGGGCUGCGUAUCGUGAACAGCACGAACAUUUUGGUUGACUCUUAUGUUUCAAGCGAGAGGAACAACACCUGGUUCAGCUUCAAUCUCGGGCUGCAGUUGAAUGUUCUUGCGUCAGCACGCAAUAUCCAAGUGAGCAAUAGCAUCCUGAUCGGCGCACCAGGCGUGCACAUUGCUGGGGUCAACGUCAGUCUGUCCACUUCCUACGUCAACGUGAAGAAAGAGCUCGACUUUUUUUGGUUCGUGUCUUCCGAAGUCGGCAUCCACGUGACUGCCUCAGCUGUGGAUACGCGGAUUGUCAAUGUCAUAGUCUGCAGCAUCUUUGGGGUGCUGGUUUCCGGCCGUCACACUGUAUUGCAAGGCGUCCACAUUGGUGGCACCUUGGACGAUGAGGGCACGUUUCUGAAUUUCAACAUGGAAACGGGGCUUGUCAUCGAAGCCACGGCGCACGACGUGGUGGUUCGAGACCUCUACGACGGAUACGGCUCAUCGUUGAUCAUUGCUCGCUUUGCUGUCAUUUCCUCUGGCACAGACGUCGAUCUCACAGCGUCCGCACUCUAUAGCAAUUUCCGUUCUGGUCGUGCUGACAACGUGCUUUUACGCGUGAGUGGCGGAACACUUCGGUACGGCAGCAUGGCGCGGUACGGGGCGUUGGCUGCGAUGGCCAGCCUUGCCCAGGACAAUCAACUGCCCAUACUCUUCUCCAUCGUGAUUGAGGCGAACGCACAGCUGGUCAACAUUACGCGGGUCAAUGCACGCGCCAGCUAUUGUAACUUGAACGUGAGCAACACGGGGACCUUUGUUCGUGUGGAACCCCACACCCAUCCAGCUGCCUCCCGGUUUAUAUCCGAUGUGAUUUUGGGAAGCGUGGACUGCGUCCUGGACCUGAGAGGUCCUGCCGUCGUCACAAACAUACACCACGACCCUGUUUGCGUCCUUUUACCAAGUGCCAUCCGUGUCGUCAAUUCGACCAUGCCAGAGCCCGUCAUCAUCGAAAACAUUGGUAUUUCUUUGUCUCAGAUUCAGGUGUUGAACAGCUCAAAUGUUCGGCUCAAUGACAUCAAUCCUCAGUCUGUCGAGGGACAGCUUGGCGGCGCCUUGCUUCUGGGCGAUGACCCGCUUAUAUUCAUCCGUGACUCCCACAAUGUAACGCUGACCAACACCUAUUUGUUUGUUGACGCGUCCCAAACUGCACCCCGGCGCCGGCGCUGGGGUGGUGUCGUACUCGGGCAAAAGGACGAGCAUGGGCUCUUGAAGCGUGGUUACAGUCAGUCACCGGUCGUUAUUGUGCGUAAUAGCGUCUCCACCACCAUUUCCGACUGUACCGUCAUCAGCAGUAUGGCACAAGCGCCACUUUUCUGGUUAGUGGAUGUCGACGAUUGUGUGUUGCAGUCAAACGUCAUCUCGAACAGCUCCGAUUCAGACCCUCUGCCCAGCAGCCAUUUUAGCGCGCUGGGCGUGGACGGCAACUCCACCAACGUGAUAGUUGUCAAUAACACCCUGGCCUAUGGUAGCCCCCUUGUUGCCCUCUGGUCAGCGCGUGGCGUUUUUGUGCAAGGAAACAGUUUGCUGGGCGGUGACAGGCUCGAUGGUAUUGUUGUGGAAUCGGCCGUUGAACAUGUGCAGAUUGGUCUGCCCCCCAAUGGCAGCACAGCUUUGUGGGACACGAUGGCCUCUGAUUGGGGUGCAAACCCCAACAUGUUCUCGUCAUGCGUGCGCGGCGUGGUCGUCAAAGGCUCUGACGUGGCCAUUCACAGCAACUUUCUCCAGUGGGCUUGGGUCGGUGUGGAGGUGGCGGCCACGGCAAACCGAGUAGCCAUCGGCGGAGCAACCCCACUAGGCAACUGUUUCCAGGACUGUCGCAUUGCCCUCCAGUCCUCUGGGUCUGAUGUCGUGUUUGCAUCCAACGUAGUUUUGCGCUAUGAUGCAACUCAUGAGUACCCCAUGACGGUCCUGCUGCUGCCCACCACAUCGGAUGGCCUUUCUUUGAACAUACCAACUGCCAGUGGCCCUUGGACCCAGCCCAGCGUCAGCACCAGUGCUUUUGUUCUGGGUCGUGGGGACCCCGUCGUGACUUCUUUUGACGGUGCUAUGGUUCGAACUUGGUCAGAUCAGGGCGUAUCUACAGCCAACCAGCUACUUGUGACGCGUUGGAUAACGUUGUCCAUGGACAGUCUAUACCCUGAUCUGACAUCAGUGCUACCUCAGUUUAGCUUCGUGACAAGUAUUCCCGCUAAUGUAGAGGCCACGGUUGCUGGGCGCUUUGGCCUGGCCAUUAAUCUUCUUCUGACGUCGACCUAUCCCAUCGGGAUUCCAUUGGCAGCGAAUAUGAAGGUGGCCUCCUUUUAUCGUGUGGCUAAUGGGCAAUACGAAGGCGCAACCAGCGGGCCUGUUGCUGUGACCCUUGUGUCAUCGCUUCUGCCCACUGAGGGGUCCUCCUCCACAACAACAACAAUAACGGCGCCUAACAGCACCAACUUGCCCGUGGUGACGACAGAGCGCUCACUCCCCACUGUGCCAGUCAACGGCACGCAAAUGAGCGUCACCAUCAACACACAGACUUUGGGCAUCACAGACGUGCUGACACCUGUCAUCAUCGUGUUCAUUAUCAAUGGGUCGUCAAGUCUUGUGACAGAACCCAUCACUUUGUUUGAGACCGAUGCCACUGUGACCAGCACAACUAUGCCAACCACAACAACUUCAACGUCUGUGUCAACUUUGAAUUUCACCACCCCUGUACCAUCCACGACUGCAGGCACAGCACUGGUGCAAGGAGCUAAAGCGCCUUUGGCCCCGGGUCUCGUGGUGGGUUUGGCCGUGGCAGUUUUAGUUGCACUCACAUUGAUUGGAGUCUUCCUCUAUCGACGCCGUCGCACGGCUCGAGGCAACAAGGCCAUGUUGCCACCUGAGGUCGCGUUGGCGGCACAGAAGCGCGUUGCAGAAUUGCUGGGGUUCGGUCCUUCAAAGCUGGCACCGCUCCAGGACGCAAUGCGCCCGUUGAUUUGGGAUGCUGCUGAUGUCACCCUCGAGUCCGCUAUCGGGGCUGGUAACUUUGGCAUCGUUUAUAAGGGUAAGCUACGUGGGCGUGAUGAAUGGCUCGCUAUCAAGCAGCCUCAUUCUGAGAAUCCCGAUGAGCUCGACUUGGUUUCCAAGGAUCUGUUAGUUGAAGCCUACCUCCUGCUGUAUGCUGGAGAACACCCCCACGUUGUUACUCUGUAUGGCUGCGUGGCCAUGACAGGAGGGCUUGUGGCGAUGGUGAUGGAAAUGGCACCCCAUGGCGACCUGCGCAUGCUCCUACGUCAAGGCGCCAAGGGGCAGUCCUUGACAGUUUUUGACAAAAUGGAGGCCGUGGCACAGCUUGCACAGGGCUUGAGCCACUUGCAUGCCAAGCACAUUGUUCAUCGUGACGUAGCAUGUCGCAAUACGUUGGUCAUGUCUCUACAGCCGCUUCGGAUUGCAAUCAGUGACCUGGGAUUGGCACGAACUGUUCGUGAACAGGUCUACUAUAAACAGACGUCCAAAGUCGCUUUGCCUUUUGCUUGGAUGGCACCGGAGUCACUCGUACAUCGGCGAUUCUCGCCCGCCUCAGAUGCUUGGAGCUUGGGGAUGACUGCCUGGGAGAUUUUUGCCAACGGCCAACGGCCCUGGGAGGGCAAGGGGCCCGAAGCGAUAAUGCUGGCUCUGCAACGGGGUGAGCGGCCAGUCUUGCAAGCAGACAUGCCACCACAACUUCAACGUGUCUGGGAGCGCGAGCCAAUUAAACGGGGGCCGAUCGACGCCUUUAAUUUGCGCAGCGAGCGGGCUGCGGCCAUACCGGUCUGGGACGUGGACGCGUCAGCGUUGGUGGAGAGUCAACUGUAA